GAUAGGUACAAGCUUGCUGGAGUGGUCAGCUGGGGGGUCGGAUGUGGUCGGGCCCAAAAACCAGGGGUCUACACCACACUAAACCACUACAAACAAUGGAUCGAGUCUUCAAUACAUGAUGAACUCGUUUCUGAAAGCCCUGGAACUGAUUCAACUGCGCAGUGUGGUCAGGCCAAGAUGGAUCCCUGCCAACUGCCCGCUGGCUUGGCGCAGGUGGUGUCCUCUGAGAACGGCACAUUCAAGGUGGAGAACGUGAGCGAGGCCUGUCCUAACUCCUGGCCGUGGCACGUCAGCCUCCAGAGCCACGAUACGCAUUACUGUAGCGGCGUCCUCAUUCAUCCGCGCUGGGUUCUGGCACCGCGCCACUGCCUCGCCAAGGCUGGAGAUGUUGUGGUCUUGGGAGCUCAUGAUCUGAACUUCAUGUCGGGUCAGACUGCAGCUGUGGAAAGCGUGGAGAGUUUGGCGUACGCCGGCAGCUUCCCACCGGUCUCCGAUCUCUCCAUGAUCCGCUUAUCCGUCCCAGCUCGAAUCGGGCCGAUGAUAUUUCCGGUGUGCAUAACGGAUAAAGAUGAUGAAAUGGUUCAUGAAGAACGGUUCACCUCGUCUUGUGUGACAACUGGUUGGGGACCAAGAAAAGCUACCUGUGAGUUAAGGGGGUUCAGCAUUAAAACCAACAUCAAAAGGCAUUCUCAACCCAAGUUGCUUUUAUUUUCCAUCCAUCCAUUCUCCAAACCGUUUGUCCUAUGUACUGUAGGUCAGGGAUCAUUUUAAUUUAAUUUAAUCUUAUUUUAUUUUAUUUUUUAUUUUAUAUAUUAGU